CUUCCUCCCCCCCCCUUCCUCCGAGCUGCUCUCGGGCCAUGGCUGAGGUGCUGGAGUUACCCCGAACCCGCAUCGGCGCCGCUCAUGUGGCGAGCUUCAUCGACCGGCCCGUGUGCUUCGUGGGGCGGCUGGAGAAGAUCCACCCCACCGGGAGGUCGUUCACCCUGACAGACGGAGAAGGCGCGCAGGUCACCGUGGAGCUGGCCCAGCCCCUGGAAGAGGAGAUCUCCGGGGUCCUGGAGGUGGUGGGCAGAGUGACGGCCAAAGCCACCAUCUUGUGUGCGUCCUACGUCCCGUUCAGAGACCACAACCACAGCUUUGACCUCAGGCUCUACAAUGACGCGCUCAAGAUCAUCCACGAGUUCCCACAGUUUUACCCAUUCGGGGCCACACAGCAGGACUGACCCCCCUGCCUCCAUCUGACUAACGGGGCCUCCACCGGGAGCUGGGCACUUCCGGAGCACCGAUAUCCAUCUGUCUGUCCGUCUGUCUUGUCUGUGUCUCGUGAGGUCAGCUUUGGGUUCUUUGGCCUGGGCAAACAAUUCUUUAUUAAUAAAAGAGAACAAUAAUUUGC